AUGACCCAUGUUGGGACGACGCAAUUGAAACGGGCAGCCCGCGUAAUACUUGUUGGCGCCCCAGGAGUAGGAAAGGGCACCCAAGCGGAACGCCUUAUGAAGCGAUUCCCUCAACUUACUGCCGUUAGCUCUGGGGAUUUGCUAAGAAAUGCUGUUAACAAACGGUCGCCAUUGGGACAAGAAGCCCAAUCUCACAUGAAGUCGGGUUCGCUGGUUCCGGACAACAUGAUCCUCCAGCUCAUCCUCUCCGAGCUCCAGGCGAAGGACUGGGUCUCCUCCGAAUCUUCAGUCUCCGACUCAGAACCUGCUAGACCGUCCGACUCUCCGUCAGCUUCAUUCAUUCUUGAUGGGUUUCCACGAACGUCUCUACAAGCAUCUCGACUUGAUACAUUGAUCCCGGUCAACCUCGUGGUGUCACUCAUCACCCCAAUCAACAUCAUAAUUGGACGCAUUGCAGACCGUUGGGUCCACGCGCCCAGUGGAAGAGUCUACAAUACUGGGUUCAAUAAACCAAAAUUAGAAGGCAAAGAUGAUAUCACUGGUGAGCCUUUGACCAGACGGGAAGAUGACAAUGAAGAUACUUGGAAAACGCGCUUGAAGAAAUUCGGCGAGACGAGCGAACCAUUACUGGAGCAUUACGACAAGAAGGGGCUGCUGUGGACAGUCCAAGGCAAUAGUAGCGACGAAAUAAGUCCAAAGCUCUUCACGGAAUUUGAGGAUAGAUUUUGUUGCUAA